AUGGCAAGCAACACACAAAAAUAUGAUGAAAAUAGAAGUAAACGAAAAAAAGAGAUGGAGGUGAGCGUUUCAGAAAAUCCUCAGUUGUCCUCCCCUGAUGAAACAGAUUUGGCUUUUUCUGAGGGCUUGCAGUCUCUUUACAAACCUGAACCGAAAAUUUUAAACGAGAUGAACAAAGAAAUUAUGAACUUGUUAUCAAAAUAUGCUCACAUUUUAAGUGAGAGAGCAGCGAUGGAUGCUUCUUAUGUCAAAGAACUUGAUGGAAUCUUAAAAGAAGCAAGGACCAUAGAAACUCACUUAAAACAGAAAAGGGAGAGCCUGAAACAGAGAUUUACUGUGAUCACAAAUACUCUGCAAAGCUAA